AUGCUUCCAGCAAACGUAAUGUCGUUCAUGAAGAAGAUGGUCGCUACGGAUGAGACGUCACACCAGCAGCCAUCGAUGGAGAACACGGGUGCGUUCGGGAAGCUGAAACAAACUCUCUCGACGUCGCUGCUGACCGCGCAGGACAGGGUGAACAAAAUGUCCCCGCGGCCAUCGCUGGUGCCGGAUACAAGCGAGCCCGCGCAGACCGGUGACGACCCGUACAAGGAUGCGUCCGCGAGCGACAAGUCAGCAAGUGAGGGCACCAAGUUCAACACACGCUCCGGUUCGUGCCGGAUAUGCUUGAAAUCGUUCAAACCGAACGACUUCAAGAAGACCUGCGUGGAGUGUGACCAGAAGGUUUGCGAGGACUGCGCCAGCUACAGCAAGUUGCAGGACGCGGAAGAUUUGGAUCUCUGGCGGUGUAGCGUGUGCCGACGAAAGAUGGCGUCGCGUAUUUGCAUACCGCAGGAGUCAACAGAUUCGGCCCUCGAAGUGCCGGUCAUGGAGACGCUUCAGCGGCGUCAUUCGGACAUCAAGCUGGGCUUCAACCAGCACCUGGAUGAUGGCAAGGGUUCGGCACUGGCUCCACCUCGAAGCCCUGAGCUGCGUCGUCACUCGGACGUGUCACCGGCGUCACUGAAGGAGCUGGAGAAGCUCAAGGGUGGCCACAGUGCCGCCCCAAGCCGAUCGUCUAGUCCGCCUGGUCGUAAGGAGAUGGAGCUGGGCACGCCGCGUGUCUUCUCCAGGCGACCUUCAACCAAGAUGUCACGCCAGCGGAGUUACGAUGAUGAGUUUAAGACGAUGAGCUCCGACACGAACCUGGCAGAGGCGGGCCUGAACUUGCCGCCACCGAUGCCAAGACGCAAGUCCGCGUAUGAUGUGUACGCUCCGGGUAUCCUGAUCAAUGCGAUGCAGUCGGUUAAGCUGGCACCGGAUGACUCGGAGAAACACAGCUCGUCCCGUCGGGCAUCGAUGAAGAUAAUGGGCGACGGUGGUGAUUACGGACAGGAUGAUCAUACGAUGGCUGACAUGAAGGCGGCCGGGUUGAUCGUGGAUGACGAUCGGCGGCAUAAGCGGCGUGGAUCGCAGCUACCCGACAUACCGGCACUGAAGGACAAAACUGCCCAGAACUCUGCGAACAUAUCAAUCUACCAGUGUCCGGCAUUGGAGGACUUGGAAGCGCCGAAACGUCAGACUUCUCUGGAUGGCGAAGGUAUCAAGAUCGUGAUACACGAUGCCGAUGCCGGACCGUUGUGUGCGGCCAAGCGGAGCGUCACGUUACGAAGGGAUCCUUCCGAUAAGGCACACAGAACACGAGGUUUCGGGAUGCGUGUCGUCGGCGGAAAAACAGGCACCGAUGGGAGACUGUUCGCGUACAUCGUCUGGACGGUUCCGGGUGGACCGGCAGAAAAGGGUGGCCUCCAGCAAGGCGACAAGAUUCUGGAGUGGUGCGGUACGUCGCUGACAGACCGCAGCUUCGAGGAGGUGUGCGCCAUCAUGGACCGCACAGGUGACACGGCGGAACUCCUGGUCGAGCAUGCCACCGACUUCAAGAUGUGCGAACUGUUGGACGAGGGCGGCAUGGGUAUGAAUGUCGGCUCAACCUACGGCUGUGGCAACAUGUCCCGAGCUUUACCAGAAACGAAUGUGCACACGUUGACGUCAGAGAGUGAAGCAACGGUGGACAAAUCUCCUUCUUCACCGACCAGACGCAAAUUGCCUAAAACACCGGAACAGAUAGCAAAGGGCAAGUUAGUGUCCGGUAGGGUUCAGGUGCAUGUUUACUAUCACGGCGAGCGAAACGAGCUAGUCGUGUCGGUGAUGGCCGCCGAUGACCUGCCGGAGCGCGAUGAAUCGCUGGGCUAUGGCAUGAAUCCGGAAGCCUAUGCGUCGAUCAAGUUGCUACCCAAAACGAACGAAUCGCAUGUCGCCCAGACCGAAGUGUCCACUCCCUCUCUGAAUCCCAUUUGGAACGCGACCAUUACCUUCCAGGACGUGUUCAGUGACAAUCUGUUAGACCGUAAGAUAGAGGUAGUGCUCUAUGAUCUGUUGCCCCACUCGGAGCCCAUCUUUCUCGGCGAGUGCUCGGUGAAGCUGCAGAAGGCCUGCCUGGACGACGUGGCCGUCUGGUACCGGCUCGAGGAUCCGAAUCACCUGCGCGGAUCGGCACCGGUGCCGGCCCGCAUCCGGCGCCGGUCGACCACCACCUCGCAGAGCUCGAUCGACGAAAGUUCGCUCUCGUAUGGGCGGUAUGGCAGCAACGAAGGUACGCGCUUCCAGCGCUCCAUCUCGGACGACGUCGACAGCCUCGACGAGAGCCGGUACCUGUUGCAUCCGAACUGGUCCGUGUCCGGGAGCCGCCGCGGUUCAACGCAAUCGGAAAUCCAGAUGCAAACGCUUGAGGUGCACCAGCUCGGGAAGGACUACUCGAAGUCGCUGCCCGGUUCGCGCCGUUCGUCCUUCCAGGACUCGAAGGAUCAGCUGACCGUGGGUCCGGCGAAUUACUCGCGCCGUUACUCGACGGGCCGCACGGGAGGCGGCGGAGGUGGCGCGGGAGCGCACGAUCGACCGGCAGAGAGGAAGCUGUCCUUCGGUGGCACGAUCGGGGGGAUCGGUAGCAGCGGUACCGGGGGAACGCGGGCGGAAUUUAUGCGCACGAUGAGCCUCUCGCGGGAGCUGGACGUGAAGAAUCGAAAGAAAAAGCGACUGUUUUCUUAAGGAAAACUCCGCUCACGCAACGAAGCAGCGGGAGAAUUAAGGAAAACAAAAAAACGAUAACAGAAGCACAAUCACAAUCACGGCAAAGCGCUUUACAACGGAAUGGGCUGUUGUGCAGCCCGAAACAAAUGGUUUUGAAAUUUAGACAAUGAUAAUGCAGGUGACGAAGGCGUUCACGAGAGUAGUAACGAAAGAUGAGUGAGCAAAUUUUCCAUACAAGCGAGCAACACAGGACGAACGUUUCACGAGCAGAUGUAGAACUUAACCAACAGGCACAACGGAUGAGAUGGAUUUAACCAAUGGCACAAGGAUGAACCCAUAUUCAUCAUCCUGCUAAUUUAUAGGCGUGUUUUUUUGUCGUGUGACCUACCGUGUUGCAGGAUCCGUUUUACGAGUGUAUGUAUAUCAUGUUUUGUGUAGCAAAUAUUUCAAAAGUUUACAGAAUAACACUUUAAGCAUAUGUUACCUACUUAGGACAACAAAACGAAAUAAAGCAUUAAACCGAUAUAUUAACAUUUUC